UUUCAGCGAGAGUUUACCACCGAAAAUAUCUGGACUGGACUGAGUUCAGCAUGCCUCGAUCAUUCCUGGUAAAAAAGUAUUUCACCAGCAAGAGGCCAAACUACAGCGAGUUGGAAUGUCAGAACGAUACUCUGCCAGACAGAUACCCACUAGCAGAACUUCCAGCAGUCACCAGCGACUUCCCAGUAGCUUGCUUGGCCACUGGACUGGUUUGGGAUGUCAGCUUGCUACCCUCCCUACACGAUCCCACAUCCCCAUCCACCCUUUCCAAUAGCCAGGGCCCGCUGGACCUUAGCUCCCCUUCCAGCAUGAGCUGCAGCAGCAGUGGGGAGGAAGAUGAGGGUCGCACCUCAGACCCACCGAGCCCAGAUUCCUCAGACACCUACCACCCCCAACAGACCAGCAGGCCGAGGCGCAACAGCAAGAACAGAGCAGGACAGAGAGAAGACAAGAGCGAGGCCACCCUCCCAGCCACUCGACCGGCCUUCUUCUGCAAGCACUGUCCCAAAGAAUACAACAGUCUUGGUGCCUUAAAGAUGCACAUCCGCUCACACACACUACCAUGCGUCUGUCCCACCUGUGGAAAGGCAUUCUCACGGCCCUGGCUCUUAAGAGGACACAUUCGCACACAUACAGGUGAACGUCCGUUCUCUUGCCCACACUGUAACCGUGCCUUCGCAGACCGCUCUAACCUGCGCGCGCACCUGCAGACCCACGCAGAUGUGAAGAAAUACCAGUGCAGCACCUGUUCUCGCACCUUCAGCCGCAUGUCCUUGCUGCAGAAACACAGCGCAGCCGGCUGCUGUCCCUCCACGGCCUGAACAUUAUUUUAAUUCAGACAUGGUGCCUUGUGAGAUAAUAACACCCGCACAUAGAAGCAAUAUGCGACAAGAGAAGGAUGAAGUGGCUUUUUCCUAACCAGAUUACUUCAAAUGAAGGAGUUAUGAAUGUUUAAAGUAUAAUAGCUGUUCAGCGAGGACUCCUGAACAAGGGACAGCUGCUGUCAGGUUGGGGGUGGGCUCACAUGUAGGGUAUGUCUCUCAGCAUGACACACACACACACACAUGCAAACAUAAACACACUUGCAAACAUAAGCACACAGACAGACAGCUGUGCUGUGGUGCGGAGGCAGUGUGCUAACAGGUGCCACGGCCCUGACCGACACAUCUCUGUUAACAGGUGGCAUCUACUAUGUUCUCUAGAAACACGCUUGGAGAGAGUCGUAAUGGACCACAGUUGACCGUGUGUAUGUGUGUGUGUUUUUUUUUCAGUUGGAUUUAGUGUGUUGUAACCUGCAUGCGCAAGGUUCAUCACUUGUUUUUACAGAUGUUUGUUCUUAUUACUACAAGUUUUUUUUUUAUUACUCUUUUAUCUCUCUUCCUUUUGUUGUACAGGGACUGAGUUUUAAAAUGCACUCCAAUUUACCAAAGAGUAUUGAAGUCCUGUCAUUUUGGAUUAUUGACACGAAUGAUUGGACCAUUGAAACCAAAGCCAUGCUACUUUUUGUCAUUUAAAAAUUUUUUUUUGUUGUUGCUUUUUUGUACCUUAGUGUUUUUCCAAGCAGUGACAUGCAACACUUCUGUAUUUUUGUCUGGUGUGCAGAAAAGGACAUUCUCAAUAAAUAGACUAUAACGUUUUUCAUAUUGUGUCCACUAUGCUCGUGGACACAUCGACUUCGAUAUCACAAUUUAUUGACUCCACAAUUUUUGCAUGAAAUGUCUUAAAACUGAAUUGAGUUCAGUGCAAUUUUUUGUAUUGGUCCAAAUCAUUUCCAAUAAAAUAAUUUAAGUUUAUACAAA